AUGGGUGUCGGAAGACGUAUGAAAAAGCAGGGCAUGCCCGAACCGCUCGAUGAAGCACAUUUUACAAAUUUAAAAAGAAAAGCUGGGAUGUCAGUAGCAGAAUCUAGAGCAGAAUCGAUGCAAUAUGCUCCCGAUCCUAACAAGAAACGUCGAACUUCGGAGAAAAAGUCCAAUGGAGCUGCCAAUGGCAAGAACUCGGCGGCACAAAACGCAACAAAGGGAAAAUUUACAAACUCGUUACCGGUUCAGAAACCUUCUGCGAAAAAGUCGAAGAAGGCUGCACCAUUGCCCAUGUCAGAUGAGGAGAUGGAGGAUGUCGAUUCCGAUGCGGCGGAUCUCAUGAAUGACGAAUUUGACGAAUUGGAUGUUUCAGAUGAUGAUGGUCCUGGUCUUCCAGAUGAUUUCCUGGGGUCAGACAGUGGAAGUGAUGUCUAUGAUUCGGAUGAUGAUCACCCAAAAGCAAUGUUCUCUGAGGAUGAGGACGAGUCUGAUGCCGAGGAAAAACUCACUGCUGCCAAUAUUGCUGGAUUGUCAAGGAAAUUGGAUGAGCAAAAAGCAGAGGAGGCCGCAGAGGCACAAGCUGAAUUGGAGGAAGCUGCUAUGCAAACGAACAUUGCAGGAGACAGACCCCAUAUAUUCGACAGCGACGACGAAGACGGAGAGGCGCCUAAGACUAAUGCUUUAUUGGCACCUGAUCUACAGCUUCUAAGAUCUCGAAUAAACGAUACCAUCCGAGUCUUGGAUGACUUCUCGAAUCUUUCCGAAGAGGGCAGAUCCAGGGCCGAAUACACAGCUCAAUUGAUCAAGGAUAUUUGCGCAUAUUAUGGUUACUCGGAAUUCUUAGCGGAAAAGCUCUUCAACUUAUUCCCACCCAAGGAGGCUUUUGCAUUCUUCGAGGCCAACGAAACCCCAAGGCCUGUCGUCAUCCGAACAAACACCUUGCGAACACAUCGAAGAGACCUUGCACAGGCACUGAUUAACCGUGGAGUAGUCUUAGAGCCAGUGGGAAAAUGGUCCAAAGUUGGUCUGCAAAUUUUCGAGAGUGCUGUACCCUUGGGUGCCACUCCAGAGUACCUUGCCGGACAUUAUAUUCUACAAGCCGCUUCUUCUUUCCUUCCCGUGAUGGCUCUUGCACCACAAGAAAACGAACGUGUCCUCGAUAUGGCCUCUGCUCCUGGUGGAAAAACAACACACAUUGCCGCGUUGAUGAAGAACACAGGUUGUAUCUUCGCCAACGAUAGCAACAAAUCUCGUGCUAAAGGUCUGAUCGGUAACAUCCAUCGUCUAGGAGCCAAAAAUGUGAUCGUAUGCAAUUAUGACGCCAGAGAAUUUCCCAGAGUUAUCGGAGGUUUCGAUCGUGUCUUACUUGAUGCACCAUGUUCCGGUACUGGAGUUAUCGCCAAGGAUGCUAGUGUGAAGACGAACAAAACAGAACGAGAUUUCCUCAUGCUGCCUCAUUUGCAAAAGCAGCUCCUUCUCUCAGCUAUCGACUCGGUUGACCACGCAAGCAAGACCGGAGGUUACAUCGUUUAUUCAACAUGUAGUGUCACAGUUGAAGAGAACGAGCAAGUCGUUCAAUAUGUACUCAACAAGAGACCAAACGUUAAGCUCGUGGAGACUGGCCUAACUUUUGGUAAAGAGGGUUUCACAUCAUAUAUGGGUAAAAACUUCGACAAGAACAUGAAGAUGACAAGAAGAUACUACCCCCAUGCUUAUAACGUUGAUGGCUUCUUCGUCUCUAAAUUCAAAAAGACAGGUCCAUCUCCCAAGGGCAAGCCUGGCGAGAAGGAUGCUGAGAAGGAGUUGGAUGAGUUGGAUAUUGACAAGACACCUAUUAGAGAAACUGAGGAAGAGGAUGCAUUUGGAGGAUGGGAUGAUGGUGAAGAUGAAGAGUAUAUAGUGAAGGCGAGAAAGAACACCUUGAAACGAAAGGGUAUCGAUCCCAAAGCAGACAAGACAAAGGCAGACGCCAAAGUAGAGAAGACCAAGGAGGACGAGACAGUCAAGGCUGAUACGCCCAAGAGGGAAACUAAGGAGAAGGCCAAGAAGGAAGAAGCUAAGAAAGAUGAGACUUUGAAGACAGAUACCACGAAGAAGGAGAGUAAGGAAAAGAAGAAGAGGGGAAGCAAAUCCAAGUAG